UUGUUCGGCACCCGAUCCGACUGACGCUGCCAUGUGGGCGCAGAGCAUGCGGAGCCUGGGCGCGCUUUGCCUCGUGGUGUCCGUGGCUGGAGAUUCCUGUCCAGCUGACAGAUCUGGCUGCCGCACAGUGGGCGCGGCUGGAUCCACCUUUCUGCAGUUCACUUCGAGAGUCCGCGUAGACUCAGACACCUUGAGCUGCGCGAACUUCGAUGCCUGGCCCGAUGUGGACGGAAAGACUUGCGGCAACUGUCAAGCACUGGUGUUGACGAAAAAUUUCAAUCGCUGUGAUCGCUAUUGCGAAAGCUUCGGACAUCGCUGCGUAGCGGCGGCAGAGGAGAAAGACGAGUCAUGCAAAGUAGAAGAGGAGAAAGCCUGUGAUGAGGCCAUCACUGGAACCAGCGAUAUGCUGUGCACCUGCCAGACCACUGGAGAGGAUUGCUACGGCUCCCUGAACGGCGUCGCGAGCAUCGAAGGCGCUUCCGUCGGGGUUGAGUACACUGCAUCGCUGGAGAAGUGUCGGACAGCUUGCAGCGGUAAGGCCAAUUGCAAAUCCUUUGCGCUUUGCCCUCAAUGGAACCGAUGCUUCCUGAAGGAUCGGAGCCUCACAGGCAACGAGGCCGUCCGCGUGAACGGCAACUGCAAGACCUACUUCAAGACUGCCUGUGGAACAACAAGUACCACCACAACGACGACAACGACAACAACGACGACAACGACAACAACGACGACAACGACAACAGUGGCAACAACCACAAUAGCUGGAGGUCUUUGCUACGCCAGUUUGGAUGGUGUGGCCAGUGUUGAGGGCCAGGGCCUAGGGAUGGUGUUGACCACGGAGUUGGAGAAGUGUCAGGAAGCCUGUGAGCAACGUGAAGGAUGCAGAUCCUUCGCGCGAUGCCCACAGUGGGGCAGGUGCUUCUUGAAGGAUCGGAGCUUCACUGGCGGUGAAUCGAGCCGAACCAAUGGGGAUUGUAAGACCUUUUAUCAGAUCAGCUGUAGCUUGACGACCACCACAACCACCACAACUCGAGACCCUGAAUCUGGAAAUAUGGUGAAGGUGGUGUCAUACAAUCUGUAUUGGUGGAAUGCCUUUCAAAAGAAUUCUUGGAAGAGUGAUGGCAUCAUCGACAACAUCAAGUCCACGUUGCGCCCGGAUGCGCUGGGGCUCCAGGAGUGCGACUCGCCCAGCGAGGUGCGAUCUCGCAGCGACGGGGCGGUGGAGAAGGCCUCGGAGUUCCAGGGAGCGCAAGGAGUCAUGGUGAAACCCAAUAUCUUCAGCACCAGCAACUCAGGAUCCAGGGACUUGGAUGCGACUGGAAAGUGGGGCCCACGAUAUGUGACCUGGGUUCAGCUCACCAACACCAGCGGCGGCAGACCUUUUUGGCACUUCAAUACCCACUGGUGCGUGCACAGCGAGGGCGAUCGAGUUUGCAAUGAAGACGUGAGAUAUCGAGGUGCCCAGAACAUGCUGAAGACGAUCCAAGAGAAUGCUGGCGAUGAGCCAGUGGUCAUCACUGGAGAUUUUAACGCCAACAUGAAUGAGAAGGGUAUCCGACACUUCUUGGACAACGGUUUCAAACUGGCAGUUAACAGCUGGGUGGAUGCCAUCAUCUAUUCAGAGCAUUGGGAUCUCCUGGACAAGGGGAUUGGGGAGAUGGCCGGAAGCGAUCAUCGUCCCGUGUGGGCGGAGCUCUGGCUGAGAUCCAACUGUUGAAGCGCCACUCUUCGUAGGCCGUAGGCGGAGGAUUCGGCCAGGCUGGCC